CGUGACGGACUUUGUUUCUCCAACCAGUUUCCGCUCUUAAUCUUAAGCCAGAAAAGCAGCACGAAGAAAAAAAGUCGUCGUCGGACCGGCGGGGAGCGGCGGAGGAGGGUGGAGCAUUCAUGAGACUAGACGAGAACAUAAACCAGUUCAGCAGACACAGCACCGGCGCCAAAGGAGAUCGGGGAAGAAUAGAGCAAAGAGAGGAAUCUCAGAGCCUCCACCGCGGCAGGAGCGCGUCUCUAGAUCCCCACCACGCCGCCGCAGACGACCCCCCUCCUUUCAUCGACGACAUCGAUUCGGUCUCCUCCUUCCCUCCGCUGGUCGACGGCUCCCCUGACCCGCAGCAGCAGUCGGCGCCGUUCGUCAACUCCUUCAGCCAAUUCAAACGGUGGCCCUGCCACGUCCCCUCGCCGCCGCCGCCGCAUCCACUGCACAAAUCGGUAUCCACGCCUGUUUUGUUCGAGCCGCAGACGGAUGCGCGGUCGAAUCGGGGUGCGGCGGAUCUCAAUCUCAACGAGAUUCGGAUUUCCGACAGUGAGAAACUGGUUGCGGCGGCGGCUGCCAAUUUGGGAUUUACAAAUAGCUUUACGAAGGAUCGGAUGCUGAAGAUGGGGAAUCCAGCCUCGCCGUCGCCAUCUCCAUCGCCUUCCCCUUCGCCGCAUGUGAACCCCUUUCGGACGACAUCCAAUUCGUCGGAGGAGUCUACUCCGAAGCCGAAGCCGACGACGCACGUGGUGGUCGGAGGUAUUACUUGCCCGAUGGUCCGGAAGCUGUCGCUGGUGCGGCAUCGGAACUGCUCAAUGAACGGGAAGAUUAGCUUCAUAAAGACAUGAUCGGAUUAGACGAUUUUUUUAAGCUAUCCGACCGCCGUAGACCAGGCCGAUGAGCAGCGGCGGAUCCACAGGAUAUAAGAGAGCGGUGGGUAGCAUUUGAAUAAAAUAUUAUAUACUAUAAACAAAAAUAUAUAAUAAUAUAGUUUUCAUUUAAAUGUCAAUGGUACAAGAAAGUCUUUUAAUUUAGCAAAUUCAUCAAUAAUCUAAUUUCCAUUCAUAAUUAUAAUAUACUCGUUUCAAAGAAAAUAGCUAAGUAAUCCACGUGAAAUUCAUCGCUCAUUUUGUUGCACAAAUCAAUGUUCAUGUUCCAUUGCUGAAAAUAUUCUCUCUAUGGUAGUUGUUGAAACGGUUAGGUCAACACUAAACAAAUCAAACGAGAAAUCAAUUUGUAUUAUGUGUACAUCCAUGUUUCCUCCAGCUUAGGGCUGGGAAUCCAGACCAAAUCGUAUGGAGAACCGCGGUCUAGACCGUAUCGUAUGGUUUGGUCUGGACCGUGAGACCAGAACUAUGGUCUGUUCUGGUUUGUGGUCUCCUCCUUUAGUGCGUGGUCUGACGUGGUCUGGACCGCGGUCUACCGCAGUAAACCGUAACAGACCGCGACACACUACCUACUAUCUUGGACAAAAAUAACACUAAAUUGAACCUCCAUAUGUGUAUUUGAAGAACAAAGUUAGUUGAUUCUUCAUCUAGUUGAGAGCCAACAAAUUGCAAAAUGAUCGCUUAUAUGUUAUCUCCUUAUCAAAGUACCACACAAAAAUUAGAAAGACUCAUAAAUAAUAUUCACAUAUAAUGUCUAGACUAUGGAGUCGAUAAAAAUUGAACACUACAAAAAAAUCCGUUCACCUUGAUGAGAUAAGGAUAAUUAUUGAGAGAUAUGCGACCAUCUUAGUGGUUCAAAAUUACCUCGACGUCAUCAAAAAGGUUAUCAACUGGGAGAACCUUCGGAUCACUCGAGAGAGGAGAGAAACGGUAGCACAAAGAGGAAUAGGAAAAUAAGGCUAUUUGAAAAUUGAAAAAACGCACUUCUAUCCUCAUAUUUCUUCUCAUUUAAUACGGUCACAAUUUUUUUGUUUCACUAGCAUAUUCAUCACUAGAUUUUUUUAUAGAUACCGGCGAAAGGUUGGAGGGCUAACAAGAGUUAAUUUUUUUUAACAUGGUCUGUCUGGUCCAGACCAUACCGGACCGUAUAGUAUAUGGUCUGGUCCAUGGUCUGUGUUCCAACCUCUCGGUCUGGACCACAGACCGUAUCUAUGGUCUGGUCUGGACCGGACCGCACCGUUUCCCACCCCUACUCCAGCUUCUCUAAUAAUUUUGCAAGAGAAAAACUUCAUCUUCUUCACAUGAGUAGUGCAUUCUCCAAAGAAUGCAUCUCAUAGCAUUCAAAGUCUCGAGGCUAAACUCUUGAGCAAGUUUGUAAAUAUUUUCUUCAUCAAAACACUAAAAAGAACAGUUAGAAUCUAGUGCCCCACUCAAUUGAGGCAAUCUAAAUGAUGACUCAUGAAGUUUGUAAAUAUUUUCUUAAUCAAAAUAAUGGAAAGAAAACCAUAUCGACGGGUUGGCGGAGAAAUCCAUUUUGGGUAUGCUCGUCUCCUCGUUCUUGUUUUGUUUUGGGGGGAUUGGGAAAUUUUUUGAUUUUCAAGGAAGGGUGUGCUUUAGUUUAGAGUUUUUAUUUUUUAUUUUAAUGAAACUUACACUUUUAG